CUGGCGUGCGAUUCUUGUAGUGUAAUACCUCGCGUGUUACAUCACAAAACUAGUCAGUGAGCCAUGAUUAACAUGAUUUCUUCAUCUUUCAAAAAAUACGACUUUUCUCUUCUUAACAAGACAUAUUGAUGAUAUGAACGACUAGGGGGGCUUACCCGUUCUGAAGAGAGGGCGCUAUCUUCUGUAAGAAGAACAAAAGGCAGUAGCGUCAUUAGUAAAGCUGAUUCGUGAGUUACACAUGAAGCGUAAACUUGAACGUCACAAUUCUACAACAGUGUUUAACAUUGGAGUAGAAUUACUAUAGACAGACAGUAAAGGACAAGCUUGUAUUUCUUGUGCAACAUCAAUCACCGAGGAACGCCUGAGAGAAUCACACUUCCAUAAUGGCACAGCAACGACAAGCGUGGGACGGAGGAAAAGAGCGAGAAUUGCAGAGGAAACGACAUUUGGAAGCUAUGAUGAUUAAUAGACGCACUUUUGAAGACCGCAAACGUGAUGUAAAAACUUGGCUCGAUCGAAUCGAGAAUAGGGUAGAAAGACUUCCCCCUGUCGGCCAAACUCUGGAUGUUCUUGAAGUCCAAGUGAAAGAACAAAAGAUACUUCAGAAUGAGAUUCAUCAGUGGAACCCGGAUAUGGAAAGUUUAAGCCGAUUGGCUGAUAAGGUGGCCAGUGACAAUCCUCACGAUGACAUAUUGCAGUUGAGGGAUAUAACCGAAGAAAUAUAUCAAAGAUAUAUGCAAUUAUCUUCACGUCUUCAAGCAAGAAGUAAAGCUUUGCAAAACGCAGUCAACUCCUUACAACAACUGGAUAAAGCUCUGGACAGGUUUCUCGCUUGGUUAUCAGAAGCAGAGUCAACUUUCGAAAUUCUCGAGUCUGAAGCAGAAAAGUAUGGUCUGCGAGAAGACAUGCAACAAGUCAGGGGAUGGCCAGAAAAAGUCAGAGAGCUCCAAAGGGAAAUCGAGAGCCAACGUGACCUACACUUGACCCUAAACGAACGAAGUGGUCAGCUUCUCCAGAGCUUCGAAAGCCAAGAUGACGCUCUGCUUUUGAGAAGGAAAUCGGAGGAGAUGAAUCAGAGAUGGAACGCCUUGCGUCUCAAAACUGUCUCUCUCAGAAAUCGUCUCGAGAAAAAUGCAGAGCAGUGGAAUCAAUUACUCCUUUCCUUACGAGAACUUACUGAAUGGGUUAUAAAAAAAGAAACCGAACUUGCCGCCCAACCUGCGCUUGGUGGCGACGUCACUAGUAUUCUUAAACAACAAGACGAACAUCGUGCGUUCCGCAGACAGCUAGACGACAAACGCCCUGUGAUCGAGAGUAGCCUUCUGGCGGGAAGACACUACAUUACUAAGGAACCACCGCUUUCAGACACCAGUGACUCAGAAGCCAAAGAUUACGAGACUGAAAGUAGGGGAUACCGUAGUGCAGAGGAACAAGCAAGGGAAAUUGCGCGCAGCAUCCGGAGAGAGGUUAAGAAGCUUUCGGAUAAGUGGAACGCUCUCUUGGCCCAUACUGAUCAGCGCCAUAAAUGGAUAGACGAUGUGUUAACAAAAAUGAAGAUGCUUCAAAGAACUAUGGAAGAAAUGAAUUCCAAUCUUCAAGCAGCAGAAGCAACCAAAGUCAAGUGGCCUCCAAUUUCCGAGUUUGUGUUAGAUCAAAUGCAAGAACACUUAAACGAGAUACAGAAUUUCAAAGAGCGGGUGGCACCUUUACAUCAGCAUUUAGAAGAAGUAAAUGAAGCUGCUGGUCGCAUAACUGGGUGCAAUGUUCUACUUUCUCACGCCAAUCUUAAUCGACUUGAAGAAUUGAACACUAGAUGGCGUCUCUUGCACUUGGCCAUAGAAGACCGACGUAAACAACUAGAGGGUUCCCUGAAAGAUCAAAGUUUGGCACAAAACUUUUUAAAUGCUUCAGUGGAUGAGCCAUGGGAAAGAGCUGUUUCAGGAAACAAAGUGCCUUACUACAUCAAUUCCUUAUCUUCAUCUAGUCACCUAAGUGAGACAACACACUGGGAUCAUCCAAAAAUGAUUGAGUUAAUGGAGUCAUUAGGUGAAUACAAUGAAGUCAGAUACUCUGCAUACAGGACUGCUAUGAAACUACGAACUGUGCAAAAACAGCUGUGUUUGGCUUUCCUGAACUUAAAUAACAUCAUCAAUGCGUUUGAUCAGCAUGGUCUUCGAGCUCAGAAUGAUAAGCUUAUCAGCAUCACAGAAAUGAUUACAUGUCUUUCAACAAUCUAUGAGAGUGUAUCCAGUGAACCAGGUUUUUUGGUCAACAAACCUCUAAGUAUAGACAUGUGUUUAAACUGGCUGUUGAAUUUGUUUGACACUUCAACUAGAACAGGCUAUAUUCGUAUCCUUUCCUUCAAAAUUGGUGUCAUACUUCUAUGUCAUGGAACCCUCGAGGACAAGUUUAGAUAUUUGUUCCGGCUGAUAGCAGAUGUAAAUGGUUGUGCUGAUGAACGUAAGCUUGGUCUUCUUCUUCAUGACUGUGUACAGAUUCCCAGGUUGCUGGGAGAAGUAGCUGCCUUUGGAGGAAGUAACAUUGAACCCAGUGUGCGAAGUUGUUUUGAAAAGGGAAAUAACAAGAAAGAAAUUCAAGUAACACAUUUCCUCAAUUGGCUCCAACAAGAACCCCAGUCUCUUGUGUGGCUUCCAGUUCUGCACAGACUUGUAGCUGCAGAGAAUGCCAAGCAUCAGGCCAAAUGUAACAUCUGUAAACAGUAUCCAAUUAUUGGAUUUAGAUACCGAUGCCUGAAGUGCUUCAAUUUUGACCUCUGCCAGAACUGUUUCUUCUCAGGAAGGAAAGCUAAAGGCCAUAAACUUUCUCAUCCCAUGCAUGAAUACUGUGUGAUAACUACUUCUGGAGAGGACAUGAGAGACUUCACAAGAAUAGUUCGUAAUAAAUUCAAAUCUAAACGCCAUUUUAAAAAACAUCAUCGGAUGGGUUAUCUUCCUGUUCAGACAGUUCUGGAAGGUGACGAUUUAGAAAGUCCAGCACCGUCUCCACAACAUGCAGUUUCUUCAAAAGAAAUGCAUUCCCGUUUAGAGCUGUAUGCUAACAGGCUUGCAGAAGUAGAAUUAUGUACACAGAAUGUCUCCACACCUGAUUCAAGUGAGGAUGAACACCAAUUGAUAGCUCAGUAUUGUCAAACACUUUCUGAAGAAAAUGUGCAAUCCAUUCCCCGAAGUCCAGCCCAAGUUUUGGCUGCUGUAGAUGCUGACCAUCAAAAAGAGUUAGAAACCAUGAUUCAUCAGCUGGAGGAAGAAAACAGAAACCUCCAUGCUGAGUUUGAGAUUCUCCAAGGAAAACAGGCUGUACAGGGAAUGUCACCUCCAACCACAGAUGAUGUUUGUGAUGAGACCUUAUACACUUCAAGUCGUAAUGAAGAAAUGUUGGCUGAGGCAAAGCUCCUUAGGCAACACAAAGGCCGACUUGAAGCCAGAAUGCAGAUACUAGAAGAUCACAAUUGUCAGUUGGAAGCCCAGCUGCAACGACUUCGAAAACUUUUGAAUGAGCCAUCGUCUGGUUCAUUACAUGGUAACUCAGUUUUGCUGCAGAGCACCCCUUACACAACUCCUCAAUCUUCUCUUCACCAUGGACGAAGCCAUUCUACUGACUAUACACCUCGGAGGAAUGGUGUUGCCUCAGAGCCAGGAAAUCAUUUAGCUGCAAGAUCAACUGGAGUAGACAGUCUGUUCCAUAUGGCAGGUAGUCUGGGCAAAGCUGUUGGUUCAUUAGUUAAUGUGAUGACAGAUGAUGAGGAAAAUGGAUCAGAAGAAGAAAUUAAACACUGACAAUAGUUUGCAUUAUGUUUUUGUUCAGAUAUUUCAGUUGUAUGACUUACUUAAAAAAUGCAGAGUAAAAACACCAAACUUUGUUUUAAGUUAAAGGGAGGGGCCAAAUUUGAAGCAUGAGCAGAUAGUUUUUUUUAUAUUGAACUGUACCUGGGUGGAAGGUAAAGUUUUCAUUACUUCCAAGAGCAGUAAAUCGUUGAUGUCCCCCCUAUCUAUCUUUUCUUCAAAGCUGCUUUGCUGUCAGUUUACUACAGUGUAACUAGAUGUGUAGGAGAAGAGGUCAAAUUCUUCCAUUAUGAAUUUUGUAUUCAGGAUUAAUAUCAUGUCAAACCUUCUGCAAUGGCUCACAUUUCAAUUUUAACUCUUUUUGAAUUUAUGAACUUUUUUAAAGCAAUUUCAUAAACUUUUGAAUGUUCCAUAAAAAUUUCAUGUAUGAUAACACUGUCAUCAAGAUUUUUUUUUGUACUUAGCAUUAUCUCAUUACAGGACUAUUAAAUGUAUUAGAAUCACUAUUAGAUUUUGAUUUAUACAUUAAAAAAAUGUAGAAAAUAUUUUAACCAGCUUUGUACUGUUACAAUUUUAAUAUUCAUAAAGAUUGACCUUUAUAUCUGUAAAGGAACACAAACUUUCAGCAAAUCCAAUCACUCUAGUUUUUUAAUGUAUUUCAUAAAAAAAGAAAUACAGGUUUUAUCAAAGUUUUCAUAAAAAAACAGCAUAGUUUACUAUUAAGUGGUAUAUCAUGAUGGUAUUAAGACUUAGAUGACUCUCCAUAAAAUUAAUAAUUUCAUUGGGUCAGUUAUGUUGUAAACUUUGUAUUACAACUUUAAUCAAUAAAAUAUGUCACCACUAGUGUGGUAAGACAUUUACAAA